AGGGUUGUCACAUGGCAGGGAGGAAAACUGCAAGGGGCGACACAAAACAGAAAAAAAAAAGAAAAACAGUCUAAAAAAAUCGCAUUUAUACGUCUCUGAUUGACCUUGCAUUCGAUCAGCAACGGACAAUACCGCGUUUCUUCUCGAUAAACGUGGUAAAUAGCGUAAGGCAGACGAGUUUGAAAGACAUCUAACUCUUCGAUGCCAAGAUGGAGCUCUGGAAGAGUUCGGCGUUAUCUCUCAUCAUUUUCGGAUUUUUCUGUGCUUUUGCAACAAAUAAGCAUUGCGAAUGGGUGCUAGAAGUAGUUCAAAAGGAAAAUCUCUCGCAAGUGGCACCUGUAAUCAUUCCAGGUGGACAAUAUUUCCUGAGGAUUAGAGUGAAAUGUGAUGACAAGGUAAACUGCGUUAAACUAUGAUUGUUGAUUUCACUUCGAAAUUCUAUUGCUUAUUUUCAUCAGUCUAAUAAAUGUUUUAAAAAGCCUUGUGCUGUUAAUCCACGACUAUAGGGGGCUUAAGCAACGACUAAAGCGACCGCAACGAGAACGGCAAAAAGGCAAUAGGAAAUUUUGAUUAGAUUUUUUAGCAAAACAACUCUGCACGUGCAUCACGCUUUUUCGUACAUUUCUUGCCGUCGUUGCACGACAGCAACGUGAAACUUCCUAACUUUUCGAUCGUUUUACGGAGGACGUGAACACAAUAUAAUAGUUUUCUCUUUCUUUUUCUGAAAUUAGAUACAGCCCAGUUACAAAUCAAUUCCGAAAAAAUUCGCCAACAUUUGACAAAUUGCAAGAGGUAGAGUAAUAGUGAUGGAAUUGGAAACAGCUGGAAUUUACUGUUAGUUGUCGUUGCUGCUUGAGCUCUCUAAUAUAAUGAUAAAUAAUACUUCAUUAUCAUGUCACAGAUGUCACCGAGACGCGGGAAUAACAUACGGUGAAUAUUCCGGCAUACGUGUUUAUAACUCGUUUUAGCACUUGGUUUCAUGAUUAGCUUAAUUCUCUCAACAGAUCCAUUCUCAAGUGUUGAGAUCAUUAGUAUUAACAGGGGUUAACCCAGUUUUGAACAUUGAAUCAGAGGCCUUUGGGAUAAAUCAUCACGGUACCAGAAGAUUUUCAGUCCUUAUUUCAGCUGUACUUACAGAGCUCGGAGAUCAGCUGAGCUGUGGAUGUCUUUCACGAAAGAAAACAAAUAGAAUUGGCAGGUAAAAUUAUGUAACUUUGAAAGUUACUGCCCUAACAAAAUACAGCUGACGGGCAUUUGACAUAUCAUUUUUAUUUUUACUGCUUAUUUUGGCAUGACGUGGAUUGAUUUAUCCUAUAUAUUAUAUUUAUAUCCCUAUAUCCUUUAUAUGAUCAUGACAAAAUAAAUAAAUAAAAAAUUAAAUAAAUAAAUAUCCUCUCCCCUUAUGGGCUUUUUAGGGAUAAGUGAAAUAAUAAUUCAAACUGAACAUCGUAUGGUUAAGAAUUAGGGAAGAGGCUGGGUUCAGGACUACUGACAACAAAUCAUAUUUCAGAAACCUUUGAAUGCAGAGGACCUGUCAAUGCAUAGAUAAACCCAACUGGUUCCUUUUUCCCAAUUCUAAUAUAGAGAUGCUAGAGCCAGACUUCACUUUAUGCUGGAAUUAAAACGAAAGUGAGUGCAAGGCUGGUAAUAUGGCAAAGGGUCGAUUUAUUUCAGAACCUAGUAUUUCAGCUUACCAACUUAGCCUUUCUCUGGGCCUGUCAGAAAGGCUAUUUUUUUAGCCAAGUUAUUGGCACCAAAUGAAAUCAGCCCCUUGCCAUAUAGUCUUCAGUUUCAAGUUUGUUAUGAUCGACCACUAAAUAAAAGAAGUGAGGACACAUUUUUUACAGGCUUGUAGCCUCCAUCUGAGGUAAAUAUAUUCACAACCCUGUAUGAAUGAGUUGUGGUAAUGUUUGUAUUAAGCACAAACUUUUAAUUCAAUACUGGAUUAUUGCCAGUUUUACCAUAAUUGUUUUCUUUUUAUGAAAUGGCAGUAUUGUGCAUAUCCUGUUGGGAGUUUUUGCUGUCAAAUAAAAGUUAAGGAAUGCUCUUCCAGAAUUUAACUUGGAUAUGUGGUUAAAUUUUUGUUUCAGUUCAAGUGAGUGCUUUUGUAGUGGAAUAAAGCCCCUGUGUAAAGAGCCUGAUGAUAUCCAAAUGGAACAAGCAGGAGUAGAAUGCUGUCAAACUGCAAAGAACUGUUCAAACGUCUUAGAGCUGUGCAACCCAGCCUGGUUUGUCCCUCUCCACAUUGCAGACUCAACAAAUGCAUUGCACUGUGAAGUUGUUGACAGUGGUAUUGGCCCUUAUAUAAACUCCCAGAGGUAUUAAAAAAUGUUUGAUAACCACAGUGUACAUUAUCAGGGUCAGGGUCAGUGUCAGACACAGAGCUAAAAGUUGCUUUUUACUGACAUAAUUUGUUGAUUUGCAUCACUAAGUGUGACAAUUAAGAGAAAUUCAAGAGUGCACUGAUCUUAGAUCCUGUAAUCAGCCUUUAAAAAAUUUGAUACUGUAGAUGUGGUACAUGUAUUAAUUGCUCUUAAACAGAAAGAAUUUAAGAUGGAAUCCACCAGGAAAUUGAGCAAUUUUAAUUUUCAGUGGACAAAAACCUUGUACCGGAAUAAUUUAAAGCAUAUAAUCAAAUUUACAUUUUUCAAGGGCUUAAGAUGUAAUUAAUCGUCUGUAAUAACACCAAAGAAAAUUUUUUAUGGGAGCCCGAGAAAAGGAAUGUCAAAUUUCACAAAAUUACAUCUUUCACAUGAAAUUUCCACAAUUUGCCUGUGUUUUCACAAUUAUUCUUAGGAAAUUUGACAUUCAUUUUCCCGGGCUCCCAUGAGAAAUUGUCUUUGGUGUUAUUACACAUAACUAAUUACAUCCAAUAGCACUUAAAAAAAAUUAAAACAGAAUGCAAUAUUCUUUAAAUUAUUCUGGUACAAGGUUUUUGUCCAUUGAAAAUUAAAAUUAAUCAAUUUCCUGAUGGAUUCCAUCCUAAAAAUGUUAUGAUGGAAUUUAAGUUCAGAUUAUCUGCUUAAAGGCCGUGGAAGCAAAGUUGAAACUUGCUUUUAAUAAUUGCUUACACAUGCCUUUGUUAGCAGAAUUAUUAAAUUCCUUUGAUAGUCUUUAUAUGACAGACCCAUUUCUUUAUUUUUUUGUUGUUGUAUUUAUUUAUAUUUAUUUAUUUUUUUUUUUGCUUGUCAUGCAAACCCCUUUUAUCCUGAGCAACAAUUGAUCACCUUUUUGAAAAUUAGAGCCUCGAUCCAUGUGUAAACUAUUUGCAGCAACUUUAUUUAAAUUUAAUGAUUCAUUUCUUUUUGGUUUCAGAUUGACAUUGCAUUUGGACGCCUUUCAUUUUCCAAUCAAUAACACGAUUCAGAAUAGACUAGGUGAUGAAGAAACACAACUGCCCUCACUUUCCAAGGAGAUCGCAGUGAGCUGUCUUCCAAACCUUUCUCCUAUUUGCCUCAUUGGAUCCGAUGAGAUGACAAACCAUGUUAUUUACACCAGUUCAGAAUUUGAGAAGAUGCAGUUCUUAAGGAUUCAGGUUAGGUCCAUUACAUACUUACUUACAGAUAUUCUAAACUCUGAGUAAUUUGAAACCUUACAACUAAUUUUGGUUUGCACUUUUGUGUGUCAAAAAAUGUUUGACGUUGAAUUUUGAAUUUGGAAAAAUUUCAUUUUCAUAUUUCUCUCUAGCUAGAAAAGUCUUUUGGAAGAAAGUGUAUUCUCAGACAAACUAUGCCAACUGUGCAGGUUAAAGGGGCGAUAACUCUACCAGACAGAAUUCUGCUGAAUACUGAUGUAAGUGUUGUUUCAGUUCUUUUCAAUGUUCAGUUUCCCUCAUGAUCUGACCAUGCCACUAAUAAAUUUUCUAAGCAUUACUGUUAUGCACUGAUGAUUGAAAUAAAUCAAGUGUGUUAUGAUGGAAAUUCUAAAACUCUGUUUUUUUGGACUGAACAGGUCAUCAAAUUUUUUCGUAAGAUCGUCAGGGUUGAGCUCUGAGUGGUACGGGCAACUAUAUAUCUUGGUUUCAUAAUGUACCGAAGUGGAGGGUGUUGGGGUUUAUCCUUAGGCUAGACUCUGAACAUUUGAAACCAAGAUGGCCGCCUGUUCCGCAAAGCACUUGAUCUGGACAAUCUUACGCAAAAAUAGGGGACUGUGAACAGUUUUGACUAUUCUCCUGGAUUUGAUAUGAUUAAUAAAUCUGUUUGUUUGUUUGUUUUUCUUUAAAAGGCAGGUAUAUUUGAGAUGCAAGGCAAUGGAUUUAAAUGUGAGUACCUGUUCUUUGAAGGAUUAUCCUUUAACUAAUUACGAUACAUGGUCAAACUUUGAAACGACUGAAAUCGGCCUUUACUUUGUGUACCGGACACAUGUAAAACAAAAGGACAAAAACCAUGAAACAAUACCAAGCAGAUUUUUCUCUGAACGGAAAACAAAGAAGUCUUUUGUUUUAAGUCAUCCGUGUCCUGUACACGAACAACGUUUUGACUUUGAAAUCCCAAUUAGAUGUCUCCUGCAAGAACAGUCAGACGACUUUGUCAGUUAUAGUAAUUGAAAGUAAGAAAGUAAAGACAGUGGUUAUUAAUAAAUAAUUUUUGGCCAUCAAGAGAGUCUCAUACAAUCUGGCAUAUGACUACAACUUUGAAAAAUGCAGUAGAAUAUAUUUUUUUUAUCAUAACCCCGGUAGAAAGCUUUUUUGUUGUUCUUUUUCAUCCCUUGUUUUCCUGUAAACUUCUGCAAUUUCUUGCUCUACUGUUUACUGUCUGAAAAAUCUAACCCAAUCAGUUUGCUAUGAAGAUUAAAUUCCGACUGUUACUUUUUUUUCGUUUUUGCACCAGAGAUAUAUGGCAUCGUAGCAAAAAGGAGGGGGCGACUCUAUUUAGUUUUCUGAGUGAGCAUCCAUAUUUUCACUAGCUCCGCGUGUUAACUAUUUGGAUGAACUAUCUUGUUUUUACUCAAUUUAAUCAUUUAUUUUUACCAGCAAAAGAUUAUGACCAUGUGUUGUCUGCUUGUGUGAGGCACUUGGUCGGCCCCGCCCAGUCAACACCCCACACUGUAACCGUUUUGGCGUUUGGAGACGAGCAAGACCAAGAGAAGAUUUUUGUUGCUGUGCCCGAACGAGGUAAUAAGGCUGUUUGACAAUUGUCUUUCUUACAGUAUGCGAGACGAGACAGAGGAAGGGCAUUUGAAUAAAAUAACAGAAUUUCUACCUUUCCUUAGACAGAGAGUAGACCUCUGUGUAUCUCUGGAAGGGAGUUGGAGCGAAAUACGCGAGUGUGCGUGAAAUGAUUUUUACCCACUCUGGCUUGUAGUAUCCUUGAAUCAAAUAGUACAACAAACUCUGGGUUAAGGAUUAUAGUCCAAUCGUAGUGUAAGUCCGCCCCAUCAUCAUGGCUAGCCAGGUUUUUUUAAAACGAACCUACCCGACAAUUUAAAGGCCAUUUGACUAAAAGAAGUAUUCAGUUUUGUAGUAUAUUGCUAUGCUUUUGAGUUCGGCUUCUUCGUGCAAAAUCAAUUCCUAUCCUGCUCUCAGCUGCGACGCUGAUAUUGGCAAACAUCGUCAACGUUAUCUACAACCUCGACAAAACUAGCUCUUGAGACACAUAAUAAUUAAAUGAAUCUCCUUACUAUUGUCACUACAUAUUGAAAAAUAAAUAAAAGCGAUAGUAAUCAUUGAAAAAAGGUAAAAUUAUUUUCAUUUUUGAAUUCGCGGACCUGGGGUCAUAGUUUUACAUGUUGGGUCUUAUAGAAAUUAUUGGGGCAAGUGAACUCCAAUUAGAAAGUCAAGCCGGUUGUUUUUUGUUUUUGAAAGGCAAGCCGUGCAGCUUUGAGGAACAGAGAGAUUCAAAUGGCCAUAAUGCCUGCCAGUUCCUAAGGUCUUUGCUCGAAAAUACAGGUAUGGCCGGUGUCACAAUGGUUGUUAGGCUCCUUGGCUAAGAUUGUUGACUUCCGAGCGCCCGUCCUUUUUCUCAUCAGGGAGCUUAUUAGUAAAGAGCAAUGACGACGGCUUCGGCUGCUUAAACGUCAACUUUAAGAUCCAAAGACGCGGACGGUAACGAGAACGUCAAAAAAACAAUAGGUUUUAUUAGCAAAACAACAACUUUGCACGUGCACCAUGCUUUUUUGUACAUUUCUCCGCCCGUUUUUGCACGACUACGACGUGAACACGCCUAAUUUCGCGUUUUAUGGAGGACGUAAACAAGCAACGACGAAAUUUUAUUUCUCUUACUGUACUUGCAUAUGGUGCCUAGGAAUUCGACUUCACGAGGGUUCACCUACAUUUGACAAAGUAAGUGGGUACCAAUAAUUGCGAUAAAGACUGAAAGAACGCAAAUUCACUUUUUUAGCGACGUUCUCAUUGCCGUCGCAUCGUUGGAUCUCAAAGUCCCUACUUAAAAAGUGAACUCGCGCUGCUUCAGACUUUACCGCGCCUUUUCCAUCUCUUUCAAUUCGUCGAAUGUUGGCAUUUUUUUCUGGACUUGAAUUCUUAAAGACUGUAUCGAAGUUCAGGAAAAGAAAAAGAAAGUCGUUGUAUUGUGUUCACGUCCUCGACAAAACGUGAAAUUCGGUCCCUCCACAACCCUUAAAGACUUUCUGACAGUUACUAAGCAUUCUUUACCAGCAUUCCUAGUCGUCAUUUAUUUAUUCCUUCAUUCUACUCGUAGUGAACUUUGGAAAGGUAUUAAUGGCAGCAAAGGCGCUUGGGAAAGAGGAGGAACUACAGUUUGGCUGCUUUAUUCCUCCCUCCUUCCCAUCAAUCACUGCGCAAAUACGAGAAGUAACUGGCUACGAGUCAGAGUUCUCCUGUAAUAACCUAUAAUGGAACUAUCUUGUGUUAUUUAUUUAUUUGUUCCCUUGAAGGUAGCUAUCCAUGUCAGGUAAUAUCAGGCAGUGUAAGUGGAGUUGAUGCAGGAACGUUUGUUGUCCUUGUAAAAUUGGAAACUCCUUUUACAAGCACGUUUCACUUGAUUCAGUUUCAAGGUAUUAUGAUUUAUACUUCAUCAGUAAAAUCUUAAUCAAAGGAGUUUGUUUAAUCCUCUAACGAGUUUCUGCCAAUUAAAUCAGUUACUUUGUAUUAGCAAAAGUAGAUCCUUCUAUCUAUUUAAUCCCAUCAUAAUUUUAGACUCAGCCUAAAUCAAAAACUCCAGAAACAUGCCCCCAUUCCACAAAAAUUUCAUACCCACGUGAUUUGUGGAAAACAAUCAGUGUUUGCCUACACUUGAAUUGCGGAAAACACUCAGUGUUGCGUCAGUAUACCACAUGUGAACUGCGGAAAACUAUUUCAUGUAUCUUGUCCUUGAAUCUCGUUACAAAGCAUUUUAUCAAGUCCCUUCUUUUUUUUUAAAUUUGUUUUCACUUUUUCUUUGCGUGUGUUUAAUUUUGUUCAAUUUCCAGUUUUAUCAAAAUGUUCCGCCCUUUUCCUCCAGGGCACCUACCUGGAAGCGGUCAGUGGAUUGCAUUGUUUCAUUUUCCGAGCGCGCUUGAUCAUGAAGGCACAGGUAAUUAUAAUAAACUGUUGCCAUAUAAAUUUAUAAUUAUACUCAUAUCAAGUGAAAAAAAAAACAACAGCAAAACAAAGAGACUAGAACAAGUAUUUCCGUCAGUAUUUAGUUGUCUUAAGUUUGACAUCCGUGGACAUGCACUCUCUUUGUGUCGGAAAAUGACAUUACAACUCUAUACUAAAUGCUGGUGGAAGGCGUAUACUGAAGUCCCUAUAACGAUACCCCGGGUGCCGGGGACUUUUCUAGCGCGGUUUCAGGUGUGUCGGCCUUGGGCUAACACCGAAAAUUCCAGCCGCAUGGGAGAACAACCUCUGGUACCCAGGGUACAGUAACGAAGUCCUAUCCCCCAAAACUUUGCGUAUUGCAGUAUUACACUUUACUACCCAAUAGUCCAAUUUCUUGGGACUAAAUUUCACGACAACAUCAUCAUGCCUUGUAAAAUGGAAAAUACCGUAUCUAAAAAUCUACAUUUUUUUGUAAAAUCCAAAGAAAUUGAUAGCACCAAUAGAGCAAAAGUUCUGCUGAAGAGUUUCGACUUGUAUGAAUGAUAGCAGCACAGGAGUUUGGUCAACGAUUUAAAUGUUAGAGAAACAAACCCGCUACAAGUUAGUGAGGAGUGUAGCUAAAGCUUACGAUAGUCUUUUCCAGGCGUUCAGAUAGUAGAGCGUGGGCGAAAAAUUCCCUUCGUGUUUUCCGCACCAUCUGCUAAGCCUGCAAGAAAUUUCUUUAUUUCUGGAGAACAAAGCUAGCCGCGAGAGAAAACGCACGAGCGAGCCGUGAGGGGCGGAGGAGGAAAAUCUAUCUUGGCUCCUUGCUUUCGCGUCUUCUUUGGCCGUACCGUUCGCGCUUGACUUCCCUAAAUUAUUAAAUGGAGAGUUUGCUCGCAGGCUCAAAAAGGGGUGAGGAAAUUUUAUAAGUUCAGUACUGACCAGAAUUUUAUUUCGUUUUUGUUACAAGAAAAUGUCGAAUGGCAGAAAAUCGAAUCAGAGUUCAGUGUUGAAGCGAAGUCUGGAACAUGGUCGCUGUUACUGCAUGGUUUAACAUUUAUGACAGUGGCUUGCCACAGUUUGUUUGUGUGGGGAAAUGCUUUGCUUUACAGGUACAGUUAAUAAUCACUGCCCUCGGGCUUUAUGGGGAUAAUUUACAGCGCUUGUUGGGGGACUUUUACCAGACUGCUUAUGGUGCAGUUUAUAAGUAACGAAGGAAUGAGUGGUUACCUUUCAAAUGUCGAAGGAAUGAGUAGUUAGUCUUUCAAAUGUCGUCUUACUCACGAGUAUCCACGUCAUGUGUGUACAUAAUUAAUGAAAAGACAAAAGACAAAUUCCGUGGAGAACAUCACGUGGUAUGAAUCGGGAAAACAAAACAUACAAGCUAAAAAGGUCUACUAACGGGGUGUCCGUAUUAAAGAAGACAAUCCAUAAACAACAAUUAAAGGAAACUAUUGGUCAUGUGGUACAAAUUUAUGUUUGCGGUUUUCCUUUAAAGCGAUUCUAAAUCUCAGCCUCAGAUAUUAGCCUGCUUAACACGGGCAUCUCUCCUGACAGCGGCUCCUUACUCUAGUGAAAAGUUACUGAUAUAUCCUACAAUCUAAGUUUAAACGGUUUUUGUUUUCACAUAAUUUUAACGUUUACUUUUUUCUUAUUUAAAAUUUUCACCUGUUAUUACUUAGUAUCAUAUUGCACGCUAUUCUUUAUUUUAAAUUGUAACGUCUUAGCUUAACCUCAUCAUGCCUUCCGAAAUAUUGGUAAAAAAUAUAUAUAUUCCAGACUAUAAAAUCAGCCUUGCUUCUUUUGUUUAAUCUAAUUUUACUUUGCUUUACUCAAAGCCAAGCGCGUCGUUGGUUCUCUUUAAGUGGACAGUUUCUGAUUACUUUUAAUGAUUUCAGGCUGAUCUGAGCGCAAAAUUUGUUUGUCACGAAUGGUCACAAUGGUAUCGGCCAUACACUGCUAACAAAUAUGCUCGUCGCUGAGUUGUCUUAAGUUGUUGUUGAGUUGUCUUGAGUUGUUGUAAUUUAUAUUCCUGCGGGAUGUUUGUUUUUCUUAAUCAGCCCAUACGGCGGACACUCCAUUCACUGGCUCACUAACUUUCCUGGAAACUCGAGUAUAAUGGUGUUUACUUCAUCUCCGUUCGAUGGAAAGUUUGCUUUUCUCACAGAUGAUCAACAGGUAUUUUUAUGCUUACAGCGAUUAAGAAGGCUGUUAGAAUCACGACGGAGUUCGGCAGAGUCAGUGUGGUGUGUAUCAGAAACGGAUAGCGAUGGAUAAAGGAAAAACCAAUUUCAGUGUUUGGGAAAAAGCUGCUGUGUUUGGUUAAUUCUUCCCCUUCUGUGCACGAUUAGGCCGAGUCUAGUUGGAUGUCAAAAUAACGUAACGAUGGAAUCAAAAGUGGUGUGGGAAGAAAUUGGAGUCGUCCUGAACCUUGCAAAUGUGAUUUGCUAGAGCUCCGUUUACGACCCUCCGAUUUUUGAUAUAAUUUUGGAUCCACAUGUAUACUUAACCUUUAAAUGAAAAUUUUCCUCACUUACUUUCUAAAAUACCACGCAGCUUUAUUUAUUUUUUCCAGUAUUAUAAGGAGACUCAAGAAUACGUUAAGCGGACGCAAGCGUUGGUAAUUUCAUUUUUUUGCCUUUCAGUUUGUUUUGAAAAAAGAACUGUAUGAAGUGGCGACAGGCAAUUGCUCUCUCUAAUAAUAAUGAAUACUGUGCCGCUGCACCCUGGGUAUCAGGGGUACAAUUUACAAAAAUAGAGAGAUUGCAUGCAAGAGUCAAGUUUACAACAAACGGCAAACAUCAGAUUCAAGCUGAGAAUUUCUCAGAAUAGAGCACAAGAAGACAAAAACUGUCCAGAACAAUUCUUAUGGAUAAAGCUAAGGCGUGAAACUAGAGUAAACGACAAUUAAGGGAAAACUUGGUCACGUGGUACAAAUUCACGUUUGCCGUUUGGCGUAAACGUGACUCUGAAUCUCUCAAAUAACAAUUUGUUGUCGUGACAGGUCUGGAUUGGCCAAUCAGGUUCGUCAAAAUUACAACGUCUGAAAAGCAGUAUGGGACCCAAGGGGCUUUCCCCAGAACUCUUCAACCAUAACGAAGCAUUUAUUUUGUCGAUAUUCUUUGAUUCAAGUGGACUAUUGCAGCAGGUUGGUACAAAUCCUCUGGAACGAGAAUUUUUUGUAUUGCAAGGGUGAAGGGGGAUGAGGACAUUGUUCUGUGGUCGUCAAACAUAGGAUUUCAAGUUGAAGAAAGCAAUGUUAAUCUCAACCAAUUAUUUUUUAAGGAAUUUCCUUGAUAUUCAGAUUCAGAUGAAUAAUUGUUUAAACUAAAUUAACUUUUUUGUUCUUUGAUCUAAUUUCACUCCCAGGUAAUAGUAGAGGAAGAUUCCACGGGUGAAACAAAAUGCAUCUCUCGCGAAGAAAUACCAGUGGCCAGUAUCAUUUCACGACAACUAUAUACACAGAAGCAACAAGAAAACCUAAAAAGCAAUAAAAAAGCCAGGGCAAAUUCAGCGUCUUGUAUCCAGGACCAAUCAGUGGAACACAAACAGUAUAUUGGAGAAAGCGCAUGUCCGUUCACAAGGAUUGCUUUUGAAGCAAAUCAUGAUGUUCUGUACACAAGAAAAUGCUUUUAUAAAUUUGAGCCGUCUGUUCGGUGGGACGGUGGACUUAUUCAGGGUCGUGAUGCCCUUCACGAUUACUACACUAGAGUGUCCCGAACUAUGAACUCGGAAUGCGCUGGUAUUAGUACAGACACCCGGCAGUCCAUGAGGGAUCAUCUGCCGUUGUUGAUUUAUCUUGGACGCUCCGAGCGGUACUCGUUUGUUUUUUACCUCUAUCUCGACUCUGACAUUCAAGAAGGUGGGUCUUCUAAGGCAGCGCAGUCUUACCAUCAUCCACUAUGACUUGGUUUUCUGUACUUUUUCUGGUCUGUCGCUAUUAUUGUCUAAAGAACUGCUGUAUUUUUUGUUUGCAACGUCAGUCUCAGAGUGUGGCUCUGGCCUCGAGGGAGGAUAAUUUUGUUAGCGGAAAUAUUGGCCCCAGUUAUAAAUCAGCCUUUUGCCCCAUUCCAAGCCUUGCUUUCACUUUUGUUUUAAAAAUCAAUCUGAUCUUUGAUCUCAUGGAUGAAAAGAAUCAGUUUAGAAGUUAUAGUUUAGGUGGAAUGUGGCUUUUGAAAAUUGAAAAUUGUGUAUCACUUUGAAAAAGAAUCAUUAAUUUUGUUAUGUUUAAGAUUUUUUGGAUGUGUUCGCAGAGUAACACAUUUCCUAGCACAGCAGCUACAAAAGUUUUAUUUUAAGGUGUAUAAGGUGUAGCCAGCACAGUUGCCAUUGAGAUUUUAGAGUGAUAACGAGUGACUGUUAGCAGGAAGCCAGUUUUUUCUUGUUUUGUUUCAAUUAAAAUUUCGUUUCUACUCAGAUACAAGUGAGUAUGCUUGGAGUCUUGUACACCUGCAGGCGUCACUUCACGUUUCGGACACCAUGUUUUGUAAUUUGACGUCUCAAAGAACAGAACUUAUUCCCCAAAAAGCUGUGAAGUAUGAGGUAAGGUCAUCCGCCGUUUGUAAAUUUUACCUUAUGAAAUCGUCAACUUAAUUCAGUUAAGAGCUGCAGCAUGAGUCAUGGCUCGAAUUCCCUAUAGAGAGAGAAAGAGUAAAGAAUCUCUGAAUUCGACACCACUUUUAUCACCUCCUUUGACAAUAUAAAGCACUUAAUGCAGUUUGAAGGUGCUAAUGGUUUAAAACUUCUGAAAAUGAAGCUAUGUUGAAUUUUCAUAACAGGUUACUUUGCAAGACAACGGUCUUAGACUCCCACAGCAACAUUCAGGCGAAGGACUUACGCCUACUUCCUUACACAUUCAGGUAAUGAACUAAGCCUUUUUUAUUCUCUUCACCCACCUAUCAUCAUGUAUGGUCGGCUUGGUUAUUCGUAUUAUUCUGCUGGAUUAUCCGGGUUCUUACGCUUCUGCUUGUGCAUUGUGCACUCUUUAUCAGUAUCGCCGGAUGCCACUUCGGUACGCGCACGGGGCAACUGAAAGGAUGCAAACCCGAGCAUCACACCAGUCAGCCCCACGGGCUCCGCGUUCGUGAAAGCAUUGAGGGACGAGUAGGAUGUUGGCCCACAAGUCUAGUGGCAAAUAGCCUCGUAAGCAAUCGUUUUGGGGGGAGUCGUAAUCGUAUUUUGUAGGGAGGGAGGAAACUCGACUCCCAUAAAAACGCCUGCUUUAAAAUAUCUGUACUUGAUAACGACUUGGUAUAAAUAUUUCCACCUCAGCUGGGAUAGGAUUUCUACAUUGGCCAGUAAAGCUUGUCUCAAACGACAUCCAUUCUCCUUCUCUUAGGUUUGGAAUUCCGCGUUAACUUGUAGCUCCAGUUAUGGCAGGAAAGGAUUUCUUGAGGUAUAAGCUAUCUGAUCCUACACUGCGUAGUUUCACUAAGUUGCUGAUUGCUUCGGCGGUUCUAUCACUUAGGGUUAUUUGAUUUGCCGUAUUUUUCAAGAUGAUUUUUCGUGUAUAUUGUAUUUUCAUGCUCAGCUCCCAAUUCUAUACCAUCUCACUUUCAUUAUUAAUGGUAAAAUGGGCUACUGCUGCUUACUAAAAUAUUUUCGUUGUCUUCCAGGGUUCUUACCUAGUGACAGUGUUGCUCGGAUGUCCCGCGGGUCUCAAACUCGCAUUUGAUCCCGACGCCUCCAAGAACGCCACGGGCAAGGAACAUUUCUGUACUCCUGUUGAUGGCGUGCCGUGUUUUUACUUCUACCGAGGUAAGCUGUCAGUAUUUGAAGUACCUAACUGGUUAUAGAGAAACCUUGGAAUGGCACCAUCUUGGGCUUACGAUAGAUGGAUGACGAACAAACUCUUAAAUUCUGAUGCCGCUCUGCAAUGCUCUGAACUCUUUUUUCGUCCUUUGGACCAUUGUAGCUCUGCUGACCAGGUAUAAGGCCAAAGAUUUCAGUUCUUUCUCGUUCAUCCUCGUUCAUGCGCGGUAGCAUUAGCCUGCACCACAGACGAAACUAAACCUCUGGUUAUGCCCGUCAGCAAAAUAAUGCUGGAAUCCUUGUUCUGGUCUCCCACCGUCCUAUGUACCAGUAGUUGAGUACGCGCCGAUUGGCCUGUCAAAAAAACCAUUGUCGAUUUGCCAGACCUUACCAGUCUUCAACGCAGGAUAUUAAGUAGCACUUGCACCGUCUAAAAUGACUCUCGAGUUUCCUAUUCCUUUAAUUAAUUCGACUUUCUUUUUAUGUUACCUGGUCAGAUUUGGUUCUUCAAGUUUUAUUUUGAGUAUUUUCGCUUUCCUUUCCUUGGCAGAUUUUCUUCCUGUUUUCAAAUUGAUAGACCUCGCUACUGGGCAGAUAAGUCAAUUUCAUGGAAAUUACAGACUGACAAUAGUUGGAGGAGGACCGACUUACCAGUCGAUAACUGAUUAUACGGAGGAAGAGCAAAUCAAGUAUAACUACCAGACUACGAGGUAAAACGGCCUUAUUUCUCAAUUUUGUUGCCGAAUUUUGAGAAACUAUCUAUUUUAUACUGAGCCGUGUUUUCAUGUAAAAUGUGAUCUAAUGUGAUCCACUUAAAAGAGGGAGAGCUUUGUUGAAAAAAACAGUUAUGAGCUCAUUCCCCGGAAGCAACAAUAAGAAACAAAUUUGUUGUAAUUAAUUUGGCCACGAUUGUGGCUAGUUUUAAUUGAAUAAUUUGUCAACUUAAAACACAGCAAUAAACAUUUUCGUGCUUGAGGUCUUGUUUUUAAAUGGGGCUACAAAAUUCCGUCAGUCUUAAAAAGUGAUACUAACCAAGCAGCGGAAUCAAUAAACGUGGUCAUAAAACCACUGGAAGAUGGUGAAAAUGGGAAGGGGGCACGAAAAAACUUUCUGGGGAUCUGUUCAAUCUGAUGCCAAGGAGAAGAGGGAGGAAUAUCUUGCUAGAACUCUGUAAGACUUAAUAUGUAGUGGUAACUAAUUUUGUGCUCAUUUGUUUCGUUUUAGCUCAAUGGCAUUCUUGAUCUGGGCCUCGAAACUGAAGACAUUAGGUGACAUACCUGUGUUUAACAGCAAAACAAAUGGCAUUAGGUUAGGACCAUGCUUAUGGUGCUUUUAGGAAGAAUUUUCUUGAUGCUCCGAAAUGUGUAGUACUUUUUUUAAGUUCGUUUCUGAAUCCGGUCUGCCAAAAAAAAAAAAAAAAUUUGGGCCCUUCGAGCCUCAGUUUGGUCUAAAAAUAAUUGGGGGGCUGGCCCCCCGGGCCCCUCCCCUGGAUCCACCACUGCAUGAUAGAGGGUAAAUAAGGGACGGACCAUUAGAAAACUUAUCGGGGGGGCGGGCGAAGUACAAAAAAAAUAUUCGCGCAAGGGAAAAUUAAAUGAAAAAAAUUCGUGCACGCCAAUUAAUCCUAAAAAAUAUUCAUGCUAGGGCCGAAGAAAAAUUCAUUCAAGGAAUUUGAUAACAAAAAAAAAUUCCUGCAGCUCGAAAAUUCCCCUCCUCCCCCAAAAAAACUUUUCUAAUGGUCCGUUCCUAAAUGGAUGGAGAAAUUUGACGCUACACUAACUGUUUUUAAUUUCAGUUGGUUGUGCGGCACGCAAAGCCCUUGUGCUGAUGUUGGACCUAAUUUUCCUGGGAAUGCUGAGUACUACUUCAAACUGGAAUUUUCAAACAGGUAUCGCGUAGCAGAAGUGGAAACGACGUGAAUGGAACACAUAACGAAUAUUGAAUCGUUUCCUUUGGAACUGAAAUUUCUAGUGGAAAAGGGGGCAGGGGGUUGAUUUGGAGGGAGCGGGAAUUGGUUUUAGUUUUCAGUCUACUUGGUGGGGAUUCAUUUUAGAGGAUUGAUGAAAGGAGAGCAGUAGGUGAUAUUUCAUGGCUUAUGCUACUACAUGAGAAAUCACUUCCGCAAUUUGAUUGGCUUAGGGCAGUGGUAUUUCACCUUAAUUUGAAAUACCUGCAUGUGAAAAUUACAAACCUUCUGCGGGUAGUGGUAUAAACAAAUAAUAGCAUGAGUUUGUACGUGAUAUUUGGCAUAAAUACCACUCGUGAUAUUUCAAUAUUGCCGCAAAUUUCGUAUAACAAUUUGAAAUAUCACUCGUGGUGUUUAUGCCAAAUAUCAGUACAAAUCAUGCCAUUGCCUAUACUAAUUAAUUGUUAGUAACACCUGUGAUUCUAAAGGAUCCGAACUUAUGACUUGUCACAGUUCAACUUGUCCUCUGAGAAGGUCAUUAAUAAGAGAAGCAAUUAUUUCAGGGAACUGUUAGAGCUUUCCUGAAAAUUUAAAGAAAUCAGCUUCAAGAAAACAAGCUGUCUGCACCCACAUAAAACCCUUAGAUACUGAUUAAGGGUUUUGGCCAAGGUCUUAACUUUCCAACACUUUUUAGACAUUCUUUUAAUAACCCGUUUUGAUUAAGUCAGAUAACGACAUGAAACAAACUUCUUUUCAUACAAAAAAUUGCUGUUUUCCUUUUAGGCUAGUAGAUGCUGAUUCCUCUAACUGUGAUUUUACAGUCCGUUUUGUGAUCCGCGUUCAUGGGUUGCCCCCAGGUUCGUUUAACCCAUCGUCAGUUAUUGUUCUGGUAAGUACAGGCCCUAAAUUAAAAAGCAGAAAGACAGUUAUCUUGAGUUUCCUUUAUCUCGGCUCCGUGAAUUGUUUGUUAUAGACAGCUUUAGAUUCUAAGACGAGGAAGACAACAAGAAGGAGAUUUUCUCAAUAUUAAGUAACCAGCGUCAUUUUGGCGGGAAAACCAUUCCCGGGUCUGGGGACGACUGGCUGAGAAACGCGAUAGCCGUUUUCAAUCUACUAUGAGUCUUAGUGAGAUAGUGACGGAAACAAGUUAUCAAAUGCUAGAAGUUAAAUAUCAUCUUGCGAUUACUUUGAGGUCUCUAGAAGCGUGUGAGUGUUCUAUUGUCUCCACAUUUCUCCAUAUCCAUGGUUUGUUUCAUUCUUUCUCUAAAAAAGUUACUUCCUCGAAUUUUGUUACACGGCAGUCGUGACAGGGUAAUCUCAGUCAGUACAUCAUUUAACUGUGGGAAGGACGAUCGUGGUCUGGGAAAUAAAGGCACUGCCAUUUGCUCUGCAAAAGACUAGACCCUAACAACGUAGCAAAGUGUCUCGAAGUAAUUGUUAUGAAACCAAUUUCGCAAAGGCGGGAAAACAGCUAGAAAGGAACCAUUGCGAUUUGCUUAGUUUUAUCUUCUGAUUGGUCGAAAACCCGGGUCGUAUUUUUUCAGCCAAUCACAAAGCGUAAAAUACCUCAAAACAACCAAUCACGCAGGUAGCUACGGAAAGAAGCCGAUGACUAAGGAAAAUAGCAUUGUGUUCACAUUUUAAAGUAGCAAACGAGCGGUACAGUAGUAUAUCAAGUGAUCAGACUGUCCAACCAUCCCGAUCACGUCGAGAUUCUCCCUAUUUUGCUUAAAAAUCCCGGCCAAUCAUGCGAUCGGGAUAGGAAAAAUCGCGAUUUUGAAAUCUCUGAUAUUUCAUAUGAAUUCUUAUGGUACUUUUACGAGGAGAGAGUAUACUUAACUGAAAAUGAUAUCCAAAAAAACGAAAUAUAAUAUAUGACCCAGCUGCACUUGUUCUCGAAAACAAACAUAAAUAAGCAUGAAAAUGACAAUUGAUUUAGCAAACAUUUUAGACAGAAAUUGCCCUCUCAGUACUCUAGAAAUGGCGAUUGAAAGCAUCAAGAUUUCAAAACUUUCUGGGGACCCAACUCCCCCCUCCCCCUAGCGACUCGCGCCUUCAGCGGUAAGUGAAAAAUAUCCCGAUUUCACUUACUGACUAAAGGUUGGACAGUCUGAGUGCUAGUGAUCCUUUUAUGUCUUAUUCUUCUUGCAGUCUUGUAUUGGUAUCCUAGCCAGUCUAAUCUUGAUGUUCUUUGCACUGACAAGACAAGAUGCCCGUCUAUGGGAUCAGUUAAAGAAUUUGUUUACGAAGAGAAUAUUCGGAACGUGCAGGGAGAAGAUAUACAACAUACGAAAUAAAAGCAAGAUCAAUCCCCUUGGUGACCAGCUUCGGCUACAAACUGUUGGUCGAGGUAAUGCUUAAAUCUUCCCUCAUCGGUAAAAAGUCCUCAUCUAAGCUCCAAGUGAGUUGGUAUCUGGCACUGAUCACCAUAAGUAUGGUAGACUUCUAAUGAAUGCUUUUUAGUUGUUUCCCAGUACGUAUGUAUAUUUUCUCAAGUUUACUGUUAAGUUUAAAACACCUUUUUAAUAAUAAAAAAAAUAAGCUAGUAACUAAAACGUGUCUAGGAUCUUUUAAGGUUAUCAGUAACUAUGUUUAGUUGUGUUUGUUUUGUUUUUCUUUUAUAGAUCCCGGAGGGGCUGAUGUCUCCGUGGAAAUCAAAGGAAGUACAACGGCUGCACAAGUUUCAGAGACAAUUCUUUGAGGCGAAAAGGAUUGCUUCACUUCGUCUAUACUUUGCACACAAAGAUUAUUACUUCUAGUCUUAACGUUACUUCACAAAGCUUCACCUUCUUUCAAAUGUCAUGGUUCAGCCACUGUGAUCGCACGAGUCACUGUGUUGACAGUUUUAGCGUUCUGUUCUGUCCAAUCUGAAAACGGACAGAGCCAUGCAUGCAUGAGGCUUCUAGCCCACAUUACAGGGCCGGAGUUAUGCAGACUCUUACCGUUGAAGAAUUCAUCGCUUCGUGCAAACUUAGGAUUGUUUUCAGAUAACCGAGCAAGCUUCAUUGUAGUUUCAGACAU